AUGUCGCCGCCAUACACUUUGAGUCGAAGUGCAGCAGCAAGCACAGCGCGUGCAUUAUUGUUCUUGUUGUGGCGUAGUUGUCAACGUAUUGCGGGUAUUUCGGGCAAAUCACAGCUUUGUGAAGUUGAAACGGGACAAACGAAUAUAAUAUUGGAUAUUGAAGAGAGUCGUGGUGAUUUUAUUGGCCAACAAACCACGCCGCCGGAGUUGCCAAUUUACGGUGAUCCCUACACGGAAAUUGCACUGAAUCUAGUCUUCCCAAAGGGGAAUCCGACAUUCCUGCUGGACGGCAAAAAAUUGCAGCUGCUGCAGCCGCUCGAUCGCGAUGAGGAGAAUCUGAGUCACAUUGUCUUUCAGGUUUCCUGUUCGAUUCGCAACGCAACCAACAAACGACGCAGCAUUCCGAUUAUUGUGCGCGUAUCUGAUGUCAACGACAAUGCGUCGCGCUUCAGGAACACACCCUAUGAGGUCACCGUGCCGGAGAGCACUCCGGUUGGCACGACGAUCUUCCGCCACAUUCAAGCGCUGGACAAGGAUGCUGGUGUUAAUGGACUCGUCGAGUAUUUUAUUGUUGAGGGCAACACAAACACAACGGAAGAUGAGACAAUGACAAUUGCCGAUGGUUAUGGUACAUUUGCAAUUUCCUUUCCCCAUCAAGGGCAGGUGACUGUCGCCAAAACGCUGGAUUACGAGAAGGUGCAACGUUAUUAUCUAACAAUCGUCGCAGCGGACCGCGCACGCAACGUUUCGGAGCGCCUAUCGUCGACUACCACGCUGACGGUGAACGUAGCCGAUUCGGACGACCAGGAUCCAUCGUUUAUUUAUCGCGGCUGUGUGCUACUCGAUGGCGCCUGCAUCAAUCCCGAGUACUCCGCCUCGGUGCCGGCCGGGUCGCUGCAAGGUGUGCUCACCGUUACGCCAGAACGCAUACAGGCCGUUGACUUGGACACGAUCAGUUCGCCAAUACAUUACUCCUUCGCCAGCGGCAUGCCAAACAAUUAUGCAGAUUACUUUGAGAUUGAUGAGCAGACGGGCGUGUUGAAGCAGAUCAAAGCGGUGGACACGUCGACCGCCAAAAAAUAUGAUAUUAUCGUGAAAGCCGAGGAAGUGUCAAUGGCAAAACGCUUCACCACCGCCAAGUUGACGAUCAAUGUGAAGCCCGUCGAUGCCAAUCCACCAGUUAUAAGUGCAAGCGAUAUUGACGGCUAUGUGGACGAGAAUUCGCCCAUCGGUACACGUGUUGUUGACGCAAAUGGUCGUCCAAUCUCUUUUAAAACCACGGACGCCGAUUUGGGUGAAAAUGAUCCCAAACCCGACUAUAUUUACGAGCUAACAACGCCAUCUUUUAACGUUACAAACGACGGUAUUUUGAUUGUCAAUGAGGAGGGCUUGGAUCGUGAUCCACCAGCGCCCGGACGCUACAAAUUCCAAGUGGUUGCACGUGAACCCCGCACAAAUGCAGCCAGUGCGCCGCUCAGCCUUACUGUACAUCUGCGCGAUGUGAAUGACAAUCCGCCCAAGCUCGCAAUGGUGCCACCAAUCACGAUUACCGCCGGUGAUGGUCAACGCAAUGUCACUAAGGUGAUUGCCACGGACAAUGAUGAAGGCGAAAAUGCCAUAAUCACAUAUUCUAUCUAUCAUGUAUCCAAUAACGGACAGCAGAAGUUCCACAUCGACGAGAAGACCGGUGAGAUAGAGACGAGAGGCCGCUUAUUGGCAGGCGAACAGUAUAGCAUAACAGUGCAGGCAACAGAUAAUGGUGGGCUUUCUUCCCAAGCUAUUGUCGAAAUCGCCGUAACACCGGGACCGAAUACGAAACCGCCAAAGUUCGUCAAGCCCAUUUAUGAGGUGCAAGUUAGCGAAGGUGCUGAGAUCAAUUCCACCGUAACGGUAGUGCAUGCCGAAGAUCCUGAGAAUGAUCCGGUGGUGUACUCUAUCGUUUCGGGCAACGAUUUGCGCCAAUUCGCUGUAGGUCAAGAAAGUGGUGUCAUUAUGGUGAUACGCAAAUUAGAUCGUGAAAGUCUCACACGCUAUCAACUUACUGUGUUAGCCGAAGAUAAUGGCGGUCUAUCGAGCAGUGCCACGGUGAAUAUCAAAGUGACCGAUAUCAAUGACAAAAACCCCGAGUUCGAUGAGUCCACACUACCAUACGUAUUCGAAGUGGAUGAGGGACAGAAGGAUGCUUUUGUGGGCAUUGUACAUGCUACAGAUGCCGAUGAGGGUAUCAACGCUGAGAUCACUUACUCCGUGCCACAAGACAUACCCUUCGCCAUCGACGGUAAGUCGGGUGAGAUACGGACCGCCGCGCCUUUGGAUUAUGAGCGUCAGAAAGAGUACCGCUUCGUGGUGACCGCCAAGGAUGGGGCGCCAGAUGCGCGUCUCGGUACGGCAAGCGUUACAGUGCAGGUGCGUGAUCUGCCCGAUGAGGUGCCGAAGUUUACGGAUGCACGCAUUGAUGUGCAUGUGCCCGAAAAUGAGGCCGACUACUUGGUAGCAACCGUACAAGCUUUCGAUCCGGAUACGGUACAACAGAUCACUUACGUGCUACGCAAAGGUGCGUCUGAUCUCUUCAAGGUAUCGCCACAAACAGGUGAAAUACGCACCACCACUGGGCUGGAUUAUGAGAAGAAGAAGCAGCAUGAACUUAUUGUUGGCACAAUUGAGAAUGAUGGCGAUGGACCCGGUGACACGAUACGCAUUUUUAUCGAAGUUGACGAUCGCAACGAUGUGCGUCCGGUCUUUGCGGCUGUACCAGAACCUGUUACGGUUAACGACGAUCAAUCGAUCGGUACGCGUAUAGCAACAAUGGCGGCUAUAGAUGGUGAUGGCUCUUCGCCUGGCAAUGUGGUGCGCUACGAGAUGGUCGGACGUGGCAAGGCAUUAAAGUAUUUCCAAGUGGAUGCCGAUUCGGGUACCGUGCGUAUAAGAGAUGAUUUGCGCAAGGAGGAGGACACCGAGUAUCAGGUGGAUAUACGCGCUUACGAUAUGGGUGAACCGCAGCUGAGUUCCGUAGCCACUUUGCCGGUGUUCGUACGACAUCUGUUGAUCGAUCCGAACGAGAGCAAUACGAUGGAGGGUAAACUGAAUGACGGUGCCAUAAUGAGUCCAGAGAGCAUAGGUUUGGCUUUCAGCGACGACAGUUAUACUACCGGUGUACCAGAGACUACCGGCAUAAAUGCAACGAUUAAAGUGAUACAAGUAAUUAAUUCAAAGAAGUCGCGCGACGGCACACCAAGCUUUAAAUGCGAAAUAAUCAACGGCAAUGAUAUGGACUACUUCGAUAUAAUGACCGAAGAUCACGGUUGUGGUGUAAAAUUGAUAAAGCAUCUCGAUUUUGAGAACACCACCGCCUACUCGUUGAGCAUACGCCUCAUUUCCCACAAAUACUUCGUGAAUCCGCAAAGAAGCAUGGCUACGGUGAAAAUAAUUGUGCAGGAUGAAAACGACAAUGCGCCCGAGUUUAUUUUCAAUCGUGCGCACCCCACACGUAAAGACACUUUCUACGCGGUGGUGGCUCCCGAAGUGGACAUCGACACACCGAUCCUGCAAGUACGCGCCACCGAUCGUGAUUCCGGUAAAUACGGCAUGAUACGUUACAAGAUUUACGAUGAAGAGGACAAUGUAAUCAGCGAUGAGAAUUUGCCCACAACCUACUUCGUCAUGACUGAAGAUACCGGCAUCCUGCGCACGGCAAAACUCUUCCAGGACGGUGCGACGUUCCCCAUGAUGUUCUAUGUGGAAGCGCGCGAUAAUGACGGUCAAGAGCUGGGUUCGCAUCACACACGCGCGCGUAUUGUGAUCAAUCAGAUAACCGAUCAGCAUCGCAUGUCUUUGGUCUUCUCCGAUUCGGCGCCAAAUGAGAUACGCAAUCACUACAGCGCUUUGGAAGAGCUGCUGGAAGAGAAGACCAAUGGGCUCAUAAGCGGUAUAGAGCGCUUCAGUAAUCGUAAAAUUUUAACAGAGAAUGGCACGAUCGUUGAAAACCCCGCCGCAACGGAUGUCUGGUUCUACUUGAUCGAUCCCAAGACAGAGCAGAUACUUCCGCGCAAUGAUACCACGGUGCGUGAGGCGUUACUGGAGCCGACAGCACGCGCUGAGCUCAACUUUGCCGCUUCUGGUGUGGCGCAUGCGACCGCCGAGGGUAUAUAUGCACCCAUUGAGAUGAAGCAGCAAGUGACCAGGGUUAAAGCAGCUAUAGCAAUCAACGAUGACGUAUUCCCCUACACGCUAAUCGCCAUCUCGAUAAUCAUACUCAUACUCGGCACCAUCGGCAUCAUCUAUAUUUGCAUCUCGUGGUCAAAGUACAAAAACUUCAAACAGCGCAUGCGCCAAUACGCCGCGCCCAGCCCCACGCGCUACGACCCGGUAAUUGUAAACUCGCAAGCGGCCAACUCCGGCGACGCCGUAGCCAACAUGAAAGAGUAUGAGACACAAGUGUUGGCCAUGGCUGUGCCACCAGAUGGCGAUGAUGAUCUCCAGUUGGACUUCAGCGCCAAGAAUCAUGCCUUCUCGCUGGACAACGUCAGCUACAUUACGCACAAAGAGAACGGCACGAGCGGCGGUCAGGCGAGUCCAUCGCAUUCGGAUGCAACGACCGCCACAAUUACCACUUUGCGUCGCAAUAACAAUAACAAUAAUCUGAAUAAUAUGGCGCAUAAUAACAGCAAUAACAAUAAUAACAACAACAUGAACGGCAUGAAUAAUCGCCAGAACACAUUUAACCGCACGCUGGAAAUGAAUGCGCGCAACAAUGCAAACCCGCUAGCGGCGGCCGCAAAUGGCACGCUGCCCGGCACUUUGACGCUGGGUCGUCUCAAGCAUCAAAAUGGCGCCACCCACUAUCAGAACGGUGGCUACAAGCUCGACGCUGUGAGUCGCAAUAAUCUGGCGAAUCUUCAGAACAAUAGCUACAGCACAAUGGGUCGACGGGGAAAUACAUUUGGCGGGCCAAAUGGUCUGAAUAGCUUGAAUGGCGGCGCUGCUGAUGGUAGCGGGAAUGUUGGUGAGUUGAUGACAAACACGCUGGGACGCAACAAUCAUCAGCAUCAUCACCUCAACAGUCGCGGCUAUGCGGACGUGCCCAUAACGAACCCGCUCUUUCAACGCUCCAAUGGGGACCUGAGCCACAUAAGUACCACCAAUGAAAAUGUCACUUUCGGCAAGCGUGAUUAUGGACAGUUAGGUUUUUCUUAUUUAAAUGAUUUAGAUCGUUCAGAGGUUGAGACGACAACGGAGCUGUAAAAUUAGAAGAUUUUGAAAACCAACGAAUAUUUGCGACAAAAAAACUUAAAAGUAGUAAACACUUAUGAGCAGUUGGAGAGAAGAUAAAAUCGAAUAAGAAGGCUAAAUUAUAAAGGAGAAUAUAAAAUUAUACAAAAUUAUAAAAAAUAACAAUUUCUCUGCUGUAAGGCGCAUUUUAGGCACUAAAAACCUGCUAACUUCUCUCUGCGCUCUCUCAUUUGAGGCGGCUCAUUUGUGUAGAAAAAACGAACAAUAAUAAUAACAAUAACCCACACAAUGCCAAACUGAAAUAGUUUAGGAAAAUCAACUAAAUACCUUGACUCAUAAGUACUGUAUAAUAAAAAUAUAAAAUGUAUGUGUAAUGUUAAAUAAUUGCAUUACUUAGCUGCCACUACAUACAAAGCUUCAGUUUGUAGAAAUUUUAAAAGAAAAUUUUCAUUUUUCGAACGAAAAUAUGUUGCGAUUUAUUAUACACACACUUGUUUGUUUGUAUGUAACGAAAUGUUGCCAUUAAGUAAUCAACCCUAGUUAAGCUCAACAUAAGGUAAACUAAAAUUAGCUUUUCCACUGCAAAUGUAUGUAUGUAAUAUAGUAAUUAAGUAGCCUAAGCUUGUAAAUACCACUAUAAAUACAUAUUAGGUAUGCAAAUUUUUCAAGUUUUAUGUAUGUAUACAUGUAUAUUAAUAGAUUAGUACUUCAAAAAUGCUGCUGUUGAAUGUAAUGAUUACUGUUUCGCGUAUGAGAAAUAUGUUUUAGGUGGAAAUAUAUUUUUUAAAGUCAUUAGUUGUUAGAAAGCGUGAAAAGUGUAGGCAUAAUAUUGAGCAUUAAAAUUUGUGUGGACAAGUGGAUACUUUACGCAUGAAAUGUUUAGUUGUUGUAGGAAAUUUUUGAAUAGAAAAAUAUGUUUCUAAAAAGGUUUAAUGAAACUGUAUGAAGAAGAAACAAUUAUAGAAUGCAAACAGCUUUAUAAAAUUUUAAAUAUUUUCUGAAUGUUAAUAAUGUUGUUGUUGUAGCUGCAUAAAGUAUCUGUUUAAAAGACUUUUGUCUUUUGCAGUGCAAACAACUAUUUCAAGUAUAUUUCGACUAAUACGGCAACAAUCUCAUUCGCUUGUUAUUAUUGUUGUGGUAGAGCAAAAUUAAAAUUACGCAAGUUUAAAGAUUAAAAUAAAUAAUUUUUAUUAUCAAAACUUAUUAUAGACAAAACUCUAGUAACUUAUUAUUUUAUAUUAGUUAACUAUAUUUAGAAUUGCUGAAACACAGAAAAUGGAAACUUCAUUAAAUCUUUUUCUAUAAACACAACUAUUUUUCUGUAAAAAUCAUAAGGUAACCAUUUUAAACGGAGAAGAAUACAAAAACUCGAAAAGCAGCAACAAUGUUCAAUAACCAUACUUAACUAUAUGCAAUAAUGUUGCCAGCAACAUGUUGCACGCCAAGUCGAAACUUGUGAUAAUUAUUUCCAUUAAAUUAUGUAUGUAUCUUCAAAUUUGCGGUAUUUGAGCAAGCCUAAUGAAUUCUCAGCAACAUGUUGCUGAAACAAAUGUUGCACGCCAAUUCUAAACUUGUCAAUUAUUUCCAUCUAAAUAUAUCUAUUGAAAUAUGCGGUAUUUUAACAAGCAUUGCCAAGCAAGGCAUUUUAAAAAUUCUCAGCAACAUGUUGCUGAAACAAAUUUCGCACGCCAAUUAUAAACUUGACAUAAUUAUUACCAUCAAAUUAUAUCUAUUAAAAUGUGCGGUAUUUGUACAAGCCCAACGAAUUUUCAGCAACAUGUUGCUGAAAGAAAUGUUGCACGCCAAUUCUAAACUUGUCAAUUAUUUCCAUCAAAUUAUAGCUUUUCAAAUUUGCGGUAUUUGAGCAAGCCUAAGGAAUUCUCAGAAACAUGUUGCUGAAACAAAUGUUGCACACCAAUUCUAAACUUUUCAUAAUUAUUUCCAUCAAAUUAUAUCUAUUGAAAUUGGCGGUUUUUGAAUAAGUCCCAUGAAUUCUCAGCAACAUGUUGCUAAAACAAAUGCUGCAAAGCCUAUUACAGUUCGUAUGUUGAAAAUGAGAAUUUAUUACAAUAAGCGAAAAUGUAAUUAGCAACAUAUUGCAGCAAUAUGCGAAAUGUUAUUUAUGCUUAAAUUUUGAUAUAAGAUGGAAAUGUUAGGCAACAUUUUCUUCAAAUUUCAAACGUAUUGUACCUACAUAAAAAUUUUGUUAAGCCGUGUUUUUCAUAAUAUUUGUUGCAGUUAUUUUCAAUCUUGAACCACAAAAUUCUGUUUUUUAUAAACUACUAUUUCCGAUA